AUGGACUUCCACCUAGUGCCACGGGGAACCGAUCGUAACUAUACAGGCUUCCUGACAAAAACGAUUGUCUACUCAGCCACCCUGGUGGUGUUCCUAGCUUCGUUUGGUUUGACUAUAAGCGCUAUCGUUAUCCCAAAAUGGGUCAGCUAUCAUAGCGAAAAGCCCGCUCACCACUACUCCUAUGGCCUCCACCGUCGUUGCUCCUCUUUAUCCGAUACUUGUGAGAGUUUCCCGGCGCGCGAAGACUGUCAUGGCGAAGACCGGUACUUCUGCUCUAUGUGGCGGUCUGUCGGGUUCUUGAUGUCCUUUGCUGUUGUGCUGCAGGGCAUGAGUAUCGUCACCUAUAUAAUCAUCCUAGGUGGAGGUAAAAGGCUCCGUGAAAAUGGAUGGGGCGUACUCAGUAUCCUGAUUGCGUGCUCUGCUAUUGUACAAGCGGCAAGUAUGUCAAUAGUGGCAUACCUCUUCGAUAAUGAAGAUCGGUUCUUCGUUGGUUGGCAGCUGGAUGAGUCCUGGAACUUUUGCACUGUCAGUUGGUGUAUUGGUCUGAUAUGCGCUGGCGCGGUCAUUGUUGCGGCUCAGCUCUUGCCCUCGGAAGGUGGGUAUGAGCUUAUUCCUGACAAUGAUGAUAUUAGGGUUACAGCAUGA